GAUGAACCGUCUGUGAGUCUGCGAUCUCUGCCUCAAGGCUACUCCUUCAUCCGCAAGGGGAACGCAUACAUCACAGGAAACUGCCGCAGGCAGACUCAGGCAGUCAGUCAGACUGUACAUGUUGUUCUCGAUUCCAGCAAGAAGAAGCAGCUCGGUAUUGCUGUCCCCACCGCCAUCCUACAACACGUGCGACAGCAAGAGUCCGAGACCCGAGCAGGCCGGGCUGCCAACGUCCAGAAGCGAGACGCGUCCAUCGAGAAGAGUCUCGAGAAGCUCAUCCUGCACGAGUUCCCACGGAUCCCCUCCUCAUCGCUCCCCAGGGUCUUGAACACGGCACUGCAGAAGGGGAAGGGCAAGGUUGGCAGGACGGGGACACUCACGGGCCGCGAAAGGGCUCGCCUGGCCGUGAGGGCUCACAUUCGCCACGCCGAGACUCCCUACGAUCAGCUGCUGAGGAGUGGCACCCCAAGAGAUAAAGCACGAGACCUAGUUGCAUCCCGAAUUGAGUCCAUUGCUCGCUCCUGGGGUAGGGCACCCUCAGGUCGGACUUCGGCACGACCGAAG